AUGAACUUUCCACGCACGGCAAUGCCGUGGGCUUGGAAACACGACAGCAUGCAAGUACGUAGCCAAACAGAGCGAAGACUCUGCAACCGACGAGCAUUAUUCGCUACCUUUCUAACCGUCCUGGUUUCAUCACUGGCAUUGCCGCCAGUGCAUGGAUCUCAGACAGGAAGCGACGGAUGCAAGGCGGCUUCCAACUGGACUGCCGAGGACGUCAUUGCAACUCAUGAUCAAAACAACGACGACACUCCGCGCAAAUUCCAAGACUUGAACGUGCUCGGCUUCGUCACGCCGUGGAACGCGGGUGGAAAAGACGUCGCUGUACGCCAAGCAUCUCGUGGACGCCUAGAUGAUGUCUCCCCAGUCACGUGGCAAAUGCAUCCCGACGGGCUGGCCGGUGGCCACGACUUUGACGAAAAUUUCUACGCGGACCUUUCCAAAGCCGGUGCCAGAAUUUACCCCCGCAUUCUUUUCGAAGCUCACAAGUGGAGUCUGGAUGAUUUUCGUGAAUUGAGCGAUGAUCCCAGUCCUAUGGUCGCAAGAAUUACUCAGAUGUGCUCAAAGGGUGGCUUCCAAGGCGUUGUUCUAGAAAUCUGGCAAGCGCUUUUAGCUACAGGGGCUCUAAGUGGGAAGGAAAAAGACAAGUUUAUCAUGCUUGCCAUGGCCCUCGGUGAAAAUCUUAGAAAAGAUGCCAACCUUCGCACAGUGCUAGUGCUCCCACCGUAUAGCAGUCGGAAGAGCGCUGGUCAGGUUAAUUCGAGUGACAUUGCAAAGCUGAAAAUUGCGUUCAACUUCUUUGUAGUCAUGACCUACGACUUUUCGGUUCCAGGUUCUCAGCCAGGACCAAUGGCCCCGAUUGCGUGGGUGAGGGCAGUUGCGACCUACCUAGCAAGGGAGUGCAGUCUUGGUGAAAAGCUGCUUGUGGGGUUUAACUUUUACGGUUUGGACUUCUUGAAGAGCAGCCCCAAAGGCGCCGCUUCUACUGACAGGCAUAUCGUAGGACAUGAAGUCAUUGCCCUGUUGAAGGAGCAUCGCCCGCAACUCUUGUGGUCGGAUGGUGUUGGAGAACAUGCGUUUGUAUAUCAGAAGGAAGAAGAACAACAUGUCGUGUUCUACCCUUCCAUUCCAAGCAUUGCACAGCGGAUAGCCCUUUUGCGCGAUGUAGGAUGCGGAGGUGUUGCUAUCUGGGAAUUAGGGCAAGGUCUUGACUACUUUUUCGAUGAGUUCUAA